GUUUCUUUUGGAAUAUAAACGACAGGCGAGAAGUCUCUGUAACUUUACUCUUCUCUGAACACACAAAGCACUAACUCUCAUUCUCAUCUCCCAAAUCUACACCCAUCUCCUGCUGCUGCAACUACCACUGCAAAUCUCAGACUUACAACUCAUAAUUUUAGUAAUUUUUUAGUUCAGCAAAAUGGGAGGAUCUGGAGGAGGUAUAGUAAGCUUACUCAAGGUCAUAAUCAGCAACUUUGAUGUUCUUGCUGGGCCGGUGGUUAGUUUGGUGUAUCCUCUGUAUGCUUCAAUUAGGGCUAUUGAGACCAAAUCCCCCGUGGAUGAUCAGCAAUGGCUUACAUACUGGAUUUUGUAUUCUAUGAUUACACUUUUUGAGCUGACGUUUGCCAAGCUUAUUGAAUGGCUUCCUUUCUGGUCAUAUGCAAAACUGAUAGCGACCUGCUGGUUGGUCAUACCUUACUUCAAUGGUGCUGCGUAUGUGUAUGAGCAUUAUAUUAGGACUUAUAUUGUCCAACGAAAAGCAGUUAACAUCUGGUAUGUGCCACGAAAGAAGGAUGUCUUUAGUAAGCCAGAUGACAUCCUGACUGCUGCAGAGAAAUACAUAAAAGAACAUGGAACCCAAGCAUUUGAGGAGAUGAUUCACAAGGCUGAUGGAGAAAGAAAGACCCAUACCAGCAAUUACGUGUUUUAUGAUGACGACUACAGAUACUGAGCCUUGAUCACUACAGUUCUUUUUGUUUGGUUUCUGCUGCUCCACUACUUGAGGGAAGGCAGAGAUCUAUCUGAUGUUGUAAAGAGGUUCCCUGAAACUGAUGUUUGGUCUUUCUCCGUGUGGACUACUAUCUUUGGUUUUAUAGAGUUUUUCACAAUCCUCUAACCUAUGUAUGUUAUAAACUAAUACUACUCAUCCUUGUCACCGA